AUGUGGCUGCCUCCCGUUCUGGGUCUUAUCUGCUCCAGCGGGGAGGAUGUGGUCAGUGUCGGUGAGCUGCCUGCUGGUGCAGUCGGGGGGCUUUGUGGGAUCGCUGGUCAUUGUUUCAGGGAGUUCAGGCUGCAGAAGACGUUUGGUGAUGUGCUAACAUGGGAGGGUAUAAGAAGGGCUGCGCGUCUCAGAGUCACCUGGGUGAAACUGCAAAGCCUGAACGACGCCAGAUAUUCACCGGUGAUGGACACUCAGUCUGACUUGGAAGUGAUUUUAGAGUUUCUGGAGGAAUACUACAGGCAAAGCAUUCCAGAAAAUGCAGAAAAUAAAUCUUUUGAUUUAGUUGAGCCUGUGCAUGGAGGAGAUGUGGCUGUGGUUCGAACCUGUGAUGAAAGCUGGGCCUACCAUGAUGCACCUGACGUCAAACCUGUGUUUCAGACCUUCCUAAACCAUGAUGCCCGAGCCGUCUUUGGCCAAAACACAACAGCGACAUUGUCUGAGUGUGGGUCAGUGCCAAACUUUGUUCCAGCGAGACAAUCAUCCAAACACCCAGCCACUGCAGCAGGGAGGGGCAGAAGGCUGCGGCUCUUCCACUUCCUGUUUGAGAUGCUGCAGGACCCGAGCAUGGCCCACUGCCUGUCCUGGGCGCCGGCGCCGCCCGGCGUGUUCAGCUUCUCCUCCAGGAACAAGGACCAGGUGGCGGCGCUCUGGGGCCAGAGGAAGGGCAACAAGAGGCCCAUGACGUACCAGAAGAUGUCCCGCGCUCUGAGGAACUACGCCCGGUCGGGUCACAUCUUCAAGGUGAAGAAAAAACUCACCUACCAGUUCAGCCGGGACACGCUGAUAUCGCUGCAGAAGGGUCACGGAGGAGAGCCGUAGAUCUAUACUGUAUACUCUCUCUUUUCACAUUUUACUGCGGUGUAAAUACAGAACUAAAUAAAAACUUGCUGUUACGUUAAAUUUGUAGUUUAAGUACACUUUGGUGUAAUUC